AUGAUUGAGAGAAUGAAUGUAAUGAUAGAUGUUGCUUUAGCUCUUGAGUAUCUUCACGAUGGAUUUGGAGAACCUAUAGUUCAUUGUGAUUUGAAGCCUAGCAAUAUACUGUUGGAUGAAGAAAUGGUUGCACACUUGACAGAUUUUGGGGUUUCAAAACUCUUGGGUGGAGGAGACUCUAUAACCCAAACUAUGACCCUUGCAACUGUGGGAUAUAUGGCUCCAGAUUCUGAUUUGCUUACAAAGAAUGAUGAAGCUUUGAACUAUUGGACUGCAAUUGAAUGUCUGUCAUCUAUUAUCUCAUUGGCCUUGUCUUGCACAGUGGAAUCACCAGAGAAGAGACCAAGUGCCAAAUACGUUCUUGAUUCACUCAACAAUAUCAAGAAAAAUUUCAUGAAAUAUGAAAGGUCUUAG